AUGGGGAGCUAUGAAACUGAGCUUAAGGCCACUGAGUUGAGGUUGGGUUUGCCCGGUAGUGAUGAACCUCAGGAGAAACGUUCAUGCAGUGGCUCUGUUGUUAGAAGCAGCAACAAGAGAUCUUCACCAGAAUCCAGUGUGGAAGAGUCCAGGUGCAAAACCAACGUUAACUCUGAUGUUUCUGAUAUCACAACCACAAGUGAUCAUGACCAAGACACUGUCCAACCUGCAAAGGUACAAGUAGUGGGGUGGCCACCAAUUAGAUCUUUUAGGAAGAACAGUCUACAACAGAAGAAGGUGGAGCAGGUUGAUGGAAAUGGAAUGUACGUGAAAGUCAGCAUGGCCGGUGCACCUUACUUGAGGAAGAUAGAUCUCAAGGUUUACAAGAGCUACCCAGAACUCCUCAUGGCCUUGCAAAAUUUGUUCAAGUGCACAUUUGGUGAAUAUUCGGAAAGGGAAGGAUACAACGGAUCUGAAUACGCUCCUACUUAUGAAGACAAGGAUGGUGACUGGAUGCUGGUUGGAGAUGUUCCAUGGAACAUGUUUGUAUCCUCCUGCAAGAGGCUGAGAAUAAUCAAAGGAUCAGAAGCAAAGGGGUUGGGUUGCUUAUGA